UGCGGCGUCACCAGUCAUACCACCAUAGGUUGGUGGCUGCAAAACCCCCACGGCGUCUUUGACGUGUCGGCCAUAAUUUUGUAUCAACUUCCUCAAGAGAAAUCCGAAUUUUCGCCGGAAAAUCGCCAAAAGUAUUAUUUUUAGAACAGAAAGAAAUGGCUGAUAGUGACGAUGAAUACGACCGCAAACGCCGCGAUAAGUUCAGAGGUGAACGCGCCGAAGCCACUUACAGGGGGGCCGAACGGGUUGCCAGACCUAGGGACGACUGGGCCGAACGUGACUCUUGGUCACGACCUAGGCCUCGGGAGUACCGCCCGGGGGUGAGAGACAGGGGAUACUCGCCGAGUCUGGACCCAGCCCCCAAGAGGCUGCGCCACGAUUACUAUGCUGAUAGCUACUACAACCAUUACUCGCCCUAUCACCAAAGCUCGCACAGAGCUGGUAAUUUCUUCAGAGAACCUCCGCCAUCGUCUCAGUCUGAGGGUCAGCAGCCGCCAAUGAUGUCCUUUAAGGCGUUUCUGGCCACCCAGGACGAUAACAUUUCCGAUAGUGAAGCUAUCGAAAAAUACAAUGACUACAAAUUGGAGUUCCAGCGACAGCAACUUAACGAAUUUUUUGUUGCCCAUAAAGACGACGAAUGGUUCCGUUUGAAGUACCAUCCUGAAGAUUCAGUAAAACGAAAAGAAGAACAAAUGGCAGCAUUGAAGAAAAGAGUCGAGGUUUUCUUGGACUUGAUGAACAACGGAAAACUUGCGGUUUCAGUUGAUUGUUCAAAAACGAAUGACUUACUUAAACUGUUAGAUACUGUCGUUAUUAAACUCGAAGGUGGCACUGAGGAAGACUUGGCCGUUUUGGAGCAGGAGUAUGCCGAAUUGGAAGAGAAAAACAAAGAAAAGGGUAAAGAAGAAGUCGUCGAAAAACCAAACGAUGACACUCCCAAGAAAGAACAACCUGCGGAAAAGCCAAAGCCUGAUGAACCUGAAGCAAAAGAAAACGGCGAAACGACUGCAGAAGACGGUGAAAUAGAACAAGAGAAGAAGGAAGAGGAGGAAAAACCAGCUCCUGAAGAAAACAAAGAGCCUGAAAAAAUGGAGGUGGUAGAAGAAGAGAAGAAAGAGUCUGAAAACCCCGAGCCGGCGAAAGAAAACGAACCAGAAGAAGGCGAAGAAGUGAAGAAAGAACCUAAAGACAAGAAACGCAAGCGUUCCUAUUCGGGAAGCAGCAGCGGCUCGUCGAGUAGCAGCAGCGACAGCGAAGACGAGAAAGAGAAAAAAGAGAAGAAGGAAGAGGAGGACGAAGAAACCGAAAAAGACAAACCGAAAGAAGAAGUCAAAGAGCACAUUGAAACCGUCGAAGACGACAAACCGGAAAAACCCAAAUCGCUGCACAAAACCACGUCAAUUUUUCUGCGUAAUUUAGCGCCGACUAUUACGAAACAAGAAGUGGAGGCGGUUUGCGGCCGCUAUGAGGGUUUUCUGCGCGUGGCUUUGGCCGACCCUCAGCCGGAGCGGCGGUGGUUGAGGCGCGGUUGGGUCACGUUUAAACGAGACGCGAAUAUUAAGGAGAUCUGUUGGAAUUUGAAUAAUAUUAGACUGAGGGACUGCGAAUUGGGGGCGAUCGUUAAUCGGGAUUUGAGUCGGAGGAUUCGGCCUGUUAACGGCAUUACGGCCCAUAAACAAGUCGUCCGGUCCGAUAUUCGAAUAUCGGCGAAAGUUGCGCUGCAUCUCGAUAAUAAAGUUGGGCUUUGGUUGGACGAUGAGAAGAAAGAUAAGCCCCAACAGACGUUCGGGCUGGUGUCGAAUAAUCCUGUUCUGCACAAUAUUACCGACUAUCUGAUCGAGGAGGCGAGUGCCGAGGAGGAGGAACUUCUGGGGCUGGAGCCAACGGCGGAGACGCAAGAUUCGGCCACUACUGUUGAAAGAGACGAACAACUUAUUUCAGUCUUGGACCGGAUUAUUCUGUAUUUGCGUGUUGUUCACUCGGUUGAUUAUUACAAUCACUGCGAGUAUCCCAAUGAGGAUGAGAUGCCAAAUAGGUGCGGGAUUCUGCACGCCAGGGGGCCGCCACCUACCACCAAAACUGAUAUGACCCAAUUUAUUGGGGCUCCAGUCGAGGCCAAAAUGACUAGUUUUCUUCCCGAAAAACCCCGCGACGAGAACAAAAACGAAACGAAACUAAUCAACCUGUCUCUAAAAGACGUUGAUACCGAAAUUGACAAGUUCGUUCAAGCGAAUACAAGAGAGUUGGCCAAGGACAAGUGGUUGUGUCCAUUGUCCGGCAAAAAAUUCAAGGGUCCUGACUUCGUCCGUAAGCACAUCUUCAACAAGCAUGCUGAAAAAAUUGAAGAGGUGAAGAAGGAAGUCGAAUUUUUCAAUAACUAUUUACGGGACCCUAAAAGACCAAUGUUGGCGGAAGCCCCCCAGCCAAAACGUGAGGAACCGCCCUCUUACAACCACCCGUCGUAUGGAGGUUCCUAUGGUGGGUAUGGUAGGUUACCCCCAUAUUACAAUCAAGGGUAUUCGCAACGUUCUAGGGGUUAUACACCAAGAUCAAGGGGUGGUCCUGGGGAUUAUAGGCCGGUUAUUCACUACCGGGACCUCGAUGCUCCAAGGGAGCCAGAAGAGUUUAUUUAAAUCUUUAAUUUAUGCUUGUAAGUUAGAGGACUAAGAAAGAAUAUUUCAAACAACAUUUUAUUUUGAUAAUAAGUUUGUAAAGGUACCGUCAUUCAAUCAAUAAACUGUUCGUAUUUUUA